CAGAAAAUGGCGCGUGCGGGAGAGUUAACGAAAUUAGGGCUUUUGGCUAAAAAUCAGGAGAAAAAGAUAGAAAAUUGCUGUAAUGGUGAGAUUUGCUAUGUUAAGGAUGUUCCAGAGAGAAUGGAUGUUGGUGUUGACGAACAAUUCCAAUGGCGGAGGAAAAAGCUUUAAGGGGAAGAGAGAGAAACUAUUCUUUGACACAAACCUUAAUUAGCAAGAAAGAGAGAGAGAGAGAGAGUGGAGGCAGAGAGGCAGAGAGUUUGCGACGAGGAGGAAGAAAGGAGCCAAAAGCCCUGCGGCAGCGAUCUGAAAUCUCCGGUUUCGUUCGCUGGCCGCGACAACGACGACACACAAACCAGGCAAUGGAGAUUACGCUUUGGGCGUUUCGUCGUUAAGUCUGAGGCUUGAGGAAGAAGAAGAUGGUGAUGGGGAGGAAGAAAAGCUGCCAUGUUCAUAGUGCUCCUUCCGAUGACGAUACAAUGUUUUCUCAAGAUCAUAAACCCAAGAGGAUCUACCAACUCUGGCCCGGCAACAAUAGAUUUUAUUGCGGAGGGAGACUAGUCUUUGGUCCAGAUGCAUCUUCUCUCCUUCUGACAACAGCUAUGAUUGGAGGUCCUGCUCUCACUUUCUGCAUACGAAUGGCUUUUUUGAUCGGGAAACGCUAUCCUUUGUUCCACUCUCUUGUAUUGUUGGGUGCACUUUUGCUCACUGUCUUGGAUUUUAUAUUUCUCUUCUUAACAUCAUCGAGAGAUCCCGGGAUUAUCCCUAGAAACAAAGAAGCUCCUGAAGCAGAAGGGCUUGAUAUGAUCACUCAAUCCUCAGAAUGGGUAAAUAACAAACUCGGUAAUACAAAAAUACCUCGAACCAAGGAUAUACUGGUGAAUGGUUAUACUGUCAAAGUUAAAUUUUGUGAUACAUGUUUGCUUUACCGGCCUCCUCGCGCCUCUCACUGUUCGAUCUGUAACAACUGUGUUCAAAGGUUUGAUCAUCAUUGUCCAUGGGUUGGCCAAUGCAUCGCUUUACGAAACUAUCCGUACUUCAUCUGUUUCAUAUCAACUUCAACACUCCUCUGCUUGUACGUCUUUGUCUUCUCAUGGGUCAGUAUGCUUGAGGUACACGGCAAGAUGUUGCUAAUGGUCAUCACAAACGACUUAGUAUUUGUUGUUCUCAUCCUCUACUGCUUUGUCGUUGUCUGGUUUGUCGGCGGGCUCACUGUUUUCCACCUUUACCUCAUUUGCACCAACCAGACAACUUAUGAGAAUUUCCGGUAUCGGUAUGACAAGAAAGAAAACCCUUAUGGAAAGGGUCUCUUCAAGAACCUAUAUGAGUUGUUCUUUGCUAGAAUUCCACCUCCCAUGACAAACUUCAGAGACUGGGCUCCAGAGGAACCUGACGAGGAGGUUGGAUCCAUUGCAUCUGAGCUAGACCGAACUUUUGGACCCCGAGGAGAUAAAUAUGAUAUGGAAAUGGAAAUUGGCGGUUGCAAAAACAGUAAGGGCGGUUUGCGCCUCCAGACACUGGAGUAUGACAACAACAACAGGGAAGAAACUGUCAAGAAGAAAGGGUUAGACGAAGGAACCGCAGGGACAACUACCGCGUUUUACAUCCCGGGGAUUCAAGAACCCACAAAUAUUACAAGAAACUCGAGCAUUGAUGUGAGAUCGAGGUAGGACAACAAAAAAACACAUGGAUCAGAACAUAGAUCUGUUGCAGAAUCUUUGCGCCUGUGAAAAAUGCUUGUUGACUUGUGUAAACUAUACUCUCAUUGUUUCUAAAGCUAUCCGCUUUUUGUCUUCAACGAGUAAACUUUUUCGACUCAGACAAAAAAGGGUAGCAGAAAGAAUCAAGUGUAGUCAUUGUGGCGUGGGUUUCUUGCGUUACAGGGUUAUUCAAAACAGUUUCUUUCA